AUGUUUAGUCAAUUGGUAAAAUUGAUGUUGAUACCCCAUGAAGAAUUAAAAUUUUAUCAAAGAGAUGGUGCAAAGAGAAAAAAGGCAUUACCACCAAAUCUCUCUCCAAAUGAUCAAAAAGUCUUAAAAAGUGUUAGAAGAAGAGCUUAUCAUCUUGAUUUAGCAUUAUCAUUAUGCGGUUUCAGAAUCGGUUGGGCUGGUAUUAUUGGAUUAAUCCCAUGGAUUGGUGAUUUUAUUGCUGCAUAUCUUGCUCUAUUAUUAUUGAAAAAAGCUAAAGAAAUUGAUGGUGGAUUACCAAGUUAUCUUGAAACUCAAAUGAGUGGAAAUAUUGCUUUUGAUUUUGGUAUUGGAUUAAUUCCAAUUGUUGGUGAUAUUGUUAAUAUAGCAUAUAAGGCAAAUUCAAGAAAUUGUUUAAUAUUGGAAGCUUAUUUAAGACAAAAAUAUUCAACUGAUCAUACAACUAAAAAACAUCAUGGUUGGUUUGGUCAUAAAAAUAAAGAUCAAAAUGGGAAUGAUGAAACAUUAAAACCUGCUACGGCUGGUUAUAAUGAACCUCAAUUACAACAAACAAAUCCACAACAACAACAACAGACAAGAACAAAUACACAUGAUAUUAGAGCACCUCCUCCAACAGCUCAUGGAGGAAAUAAUAGUCCUGCACCACCUCCAAGAUCAAAUGUUCCACAUGAAACUGUUUAA